UUUGUCCCAGGACGGAUCUACAGUCACGAACUUCAGUAUGUCAGCAACCGGACUUUUGCUGUUGGGAGUGGUGGCGGCGGUGGGCGGGGCCAACGUGUUCCCUGAGCCACGCCUGGAGACGCUACCCUGCGGAACGACUACCAUGAACCCCGGCGAGCGAGUGGCCAUCCAGUCGCCCAACUUCCCCCAAAACUAUGAUACGGACUACAGGUGCCAGUACGAGAUCACGUGCAACCCCAUGGAGUCUACCUACCUGGAGUUCAUCUGUCCUACCUUCGAACUGGAAUCGUCCACCGACUGCCUCAAUGACCGCCUGGUGGUGACUUACCAUGGCUCUCGCGAAGAAAAAUGCGGCACCGACAGUCCCGACGGAACCAUCACCUCCGACGGGUGGACGCGCCUCACCUUCGCCAGCAACGCCGCCACCACCGCCCCUGGCUUCCGCUGUUACAUCUGGUGUCGCGAACAGACCACCACGACCUCCACCACCACUUCAACGACAACCACAUCUACCACUACUACUACCCCAACUACCACUACAACACCUACACCCACAACCCCCACCACAACUACGCCAACUACCACCACACCAACUACAACACCGACCACUCCAGUAAGACACCCUUUGCUACGUGAAAAAAUGCAGCAAAUGAUAAAUUACCGCAAAAGCCUCCAUAUGAAGGCCUUUGCAGCGUGGAGGGUUCAUAGGGGUCUGAAAGUGCAAAAGAGGCUCUUCGAACAUGCUGGUUUGUCCCAGGACGGAUCCACAGUUACGCACUUCAGUAUGUCAGCAACCGGACUUUUGCUGUUAGGCGUGGUGGCGGCGGUGGGCGGGGCCAACGUGUUCCCCGAGCCACGCCUGGAGACGCUACCCUGCGGAACGACUACCAUGAACCCCGGCGAGCGAGUGGCCAUCCAGUCGCCCAACUUCCCCCAAAACUACGAUACGGACUACAGGUGCCAGUACGAGAUCACGUGCAACCCCAUGGAGUCUACCUACCUGGAGUUCAUCUGUCCUACCUUCGAACUGGAAUCGUCUACCGACUGCCUCAAUGACCGCCUAGUGGUGACUUACCAUGGCUCUCGCGAAGAGAAAUGCGGCACCGACAGUCCCGACGGAACCAUCACCUCCGACGGAUGGACGCGCCUCACCUUCGCCAGCAACGCCGCCACCACCGCCCCUGGCUUCCGCUGUUACAUCUGGUGUCGCGAACAGACCACCACGACCUCCACCACCAUUUCAACGACAACCACAUCUACCACUACUACUACCCCAACUACCACUACUACAACUACAACACCUACAACCACAACACCCACCACAACUACUACCACACCCACCACUACAACAUCCACAACCACCACGCCAACCACUCCAGUCUGCUAGAUCAACAAUCUGUAAUGCCUGCAUUUAAACUUUUGCAUUGCACCUUCUACCACCAUUACUACAUAUAUUACCGCACCCAAUACUCCACUGCAGCUUACAGACUACCACGACUUCCACCACCACUUCAACGACAACCACAUCUACCACUACUACCCUAACUACCAAUACAACACCGUCAACCACAACCCCCACCACAACUACGCCAACUACCACCACAUCAACUACAACACAGACCACUCCAGUCUGCUAGAUUGCAUUAGGUAAUGUGUGCAGACUUACAUCUACCAUUACAACCCUGAUAUAAUAGCAGCAAAUGCAAAAAUACAAUACUAUGCUUGCAACCACUACUUUACUUUGCAAGAUCAAUUUGCAUAAAUCUAAGAUAGAAACCUACCCAACAAACUUCUUACUAUGAUAUGGAGUUCCUCGAGUGUAUUGCCCAGUAAAGUCUGAAACAUA